AUGUCUUCUGUUCGUCCAGAAAGUGCUUUCGUCUACCAUGGCCUCGAUACUGGUGAAUCUACCGAUAAAGAUGUGAUCAAGUCGUUGAUCAAAUCGUUUCUCGAGGGAGUCGACUUUGACCGCCACGCACCACUUGUCAAGGAUUCGGAGCUUGAAGUCGCCGUCUGGGCAUAUUUCAAAUCCCAGAAUCUGGGACCGAAGAUUGAAAAAGCUGUCCAUCGCGUUCUGAAGCUAUCGGUGACCCUCACUCUCAACGCCUAUAAAUCCCUGCCAUUCGAGAACAAAGUUCUUUGCGCCAUUCAAUUUCUCUACAUGUUCCUAGUGGAUGAUAUUGCGUUAUCAUUCCUUGACGAACUUCGCUCCUUUUGUCAAAAUUUUGCGCUCAACAACGAUCAUCAUCACCCGCUACUUAACGGCUUCGAUAAACACCUUCGAUAUCUUGGCCGGUUUUACGGACCUUAUUGCCAUUCGACAAUCAUCAAGUCCGCUUUCGACUACGUCAACGGCCGUAUCAUUGAAUAUGAGAUGGAACAGUCCGACUUUAAGUUCUCAGCCAAGACUCGACUGAUGCCGAUGUUUCUACGCACCAAAGUUGGGGCAGCUGAGAUUCUCAUCUCAUUGCUAUGGCCUAAGGCGUCCUACCCGGAACAAGAGAACCUGAUCCGAUUCUUCCCCGUCGUGCAAGAGCUUGUCCUGUUCACUGAUUUUACGAACGAUAUUCUCUCUUACUACAAAGAGUUUAUCAUCGAACAGGAAACAGGUAAUUUUGUGGCCAAUUUCUCGGAGACGCACGGACUAUCCCAUCUGGACGUCCUCAAACACUUGACAAGUUACGCCCCGCAAGUUGUACACUCAGUGUAUGAGAUCCUGGGAAGUCGAGAGGACAUGAAGAGAGUAGUGCGAGAUUACAUCAAUGGUUGGAUUCUUCUGUGUACCUCCCACCGCCGCUACCACCUUUUCGAGUUAUUUGAAGACGAGGGCUAUCUGCCACCCUACUGUGAUUAA